CGAGAAACUGCACAGUGAUGCCAUGGGAGGAAAGUGGUCAGAAGCAUUUGAAAGAUGCAAGCAAGAGAGGGCGCUUUGGACAGCCAAGAUAACAGGGACGGGAGACACAGUAUUACACAUGGCUGUGUCUAGUGGGGAAGAGAAGGUGGUGGCAAACAUGGUUGAAUUCCUAGUUGAACAAGAGAAAAGUUUCCCCCAAAAUGAUGUGGUGGUUACAAUGGACGAAGAUGAUGGGGAAACGUGGAACAUGAAUACCGUUCUUAGUGCUGAAAAUGAUAGAAAAAACACUCCUUUACACUUAGCAGCAAUAGAGGGGUCUGUUGAAAUGUCCAGGAAGAUCGGUGGCACGGAUCGCUCUUUAAUUGCUCGCCGUAACAUCGCCGGCGAGACACCCCUUUUCCUAGCGGCUCUCAAUGGCCGCAAAAAAGCUUUUCUUUGGCUUCAUUAUCUGUAUGUGGGAAGCCAUGGAGUUUCUUCAACUGGCUUUGCUCACUGUAUAAGGGACAACGAAGAUACCAUUCUUCAUUGUGCAAUUGCAGAAGGGCAUGCUGGUGUGGCAAUCGAAAUAGUUCACCUUUAUAAAGAUCAUUUGAAAGAGAUGAUGAAGCGCAACAAAAAAGGGUUGUCUCCACUUCAUCUCCUAGCAGCAAAACGUAGUGCUUUCAAAAGUACUAGCCUCCAUGAAGUACCAAUCCUUGCUCUUCUAAUUUAUCGGUUGUGGAAAGUUAAUGAGAAGAAUCAGGCCACGACGCUUGAAGAAUUGCAAGCCAUGAAAGACAAAAAAAAUUAUGAAGGAAAAAGCAUUUUGGUCAAAUUUAUGAAGCGCGUCGCAUUAAUCCUCCUGCGGGUCGCCGAGGCAUUCCUGCAGUUAACAUGUUCUGACGCAGUCAUAAUUAGAUGGCGCAGUCCGUUUUCUGCACCCAAAAUGAAGAAGAUGCACACAAGGUGGCAUCAAAUAAUGACCAAACUCCUUCACCAUGCUUCCAAAGAAGAUAUGUCACAAAUAAUAUCAAGAACUGUCUCGGAGCAUCUUUCAAUUUCCCUUCAGACAGAAGAAGAUAACGAGCUGGAGUCAAUGCCCACACCAGCGUCUGGUACAAUAACAAUUGACACGCCCCUAAUGAUUGCUACCAAGAAUGGGGUGACAGAAGUCGUGAAGGCAAUUUUUGAAUUGUUUCCGUCGACGUUUAAAGAUGUGAAUACCGAAGGAAAGAAUAUCUUUCUAUUGGCUAUAGAAUAUAGGCAAACAGAUGUAUACUGUUUUUUGUGUAAAUGGAAAUGGCUAAAGGAAAGUCUGUCCAGCCAAGUAGAUAAGGAGGGAAACAAUGCAUUGCACUUGGCAGUGAGUCUCGAAUUUGACCCUAAUCGAGACAUUGGGGAAGCAUUCAGCAUGCAAAGCGAACAGCUAAGAUGGCUUUUUUUAGUGAUGAGGUCACUCCCCUAUGAUUUGUACACAAGAUACAAUAAAAAAAUGGAGACCCCGAGAGACAUCUUAGAAAAGAGUCGCAAGGAACUUAUGAAAAUCCAGCAAGAGUGGGUGGCUAAAACCUCACAAGCAUGUUCCGUGGUGUCAAGCCUUGUUGUAUCAGCAGCCUUCGCCACACGUACCAAUGUACCAGGCGCUUAUGAUGAGAACGGCUAUGCAAUCCUUAGAAACAAGACACAAGCACUCAAAAUUUUUAAAGAUUCUUCAUUGGUGGCCCUCUUCUGCUCUCUCAUUUCCACCAUCUGCUUCUUGUCUAUAGUUGCUUCUCCUUCUCAUCAAUAUUUUUAUGCUCGUACGUUCGUUCCUUCCCGAUUUUACUUUGCUUUGUACUUCAUGUUCGCCUCCAUUGUUUGUUUGUGGAUCUCUUUCUGUGCCGGUGAUUUCUUCUUGCUCCAUGACAACACUCAAAAAUUGCACAAGGCUCUUCCAACUUAUAUUUUGUUGUCAUCGGUCUUCAUCCUUAUUGUUGGCUCACAGCUCCCCAUAUUCCUUGAUCACAAAUUGUCUCGGUUUUUGUGGCCCACUCCUGCCCCUAGAAUCGCCCACAUUUCUCCCAUUCAGUACCGAAGAACCGAGAACAAGGAAAACGGACCAGAUCUGAACCACCGAAAUUAAGCCCAUCUCUUGUAUCAUUCAAAGAACACCUACCUUCAUCACUUCCAUUGGAAAAGCUUUUGUGUGAUUUGAUGUUUUUAUUUCUUUUCUAUUUCUAACAAUAUGUGUUGGAGGCAUACUCUCGCUCCAUCACGUACUGUAGUUUGAGUUGUAUUUUUUUUCAACCUCACUUAUAUUGCUUCCUCAUUGGUGGCUUUUGGGGUUCUCAUAAUGAUCAUCUUGUCUUAUUCAAAUG